AUGAACAUGGCAGCCGGUACGAAUAUCCACCUGUCAACCACGCUUGACGGGCCGCAGAAGCAGAAAAAGCCACGCCCACGCCUCCUCUGGCACCACACCACCGUUAUCGAUCCCGCACCGCACAGCACAGCACAGCACAUGGACGCGGGAUAUUAUUAUUGCGCUGGACGGGAGAGCACCAGAGCACCAGAGCACCAGCCAGUUCGCAGCCUUGGAACUCCUCCAGAUUGCUGGAGAUUCUGGAAGGCUCGGAAAGAUAUCGAUGUGUCAAUCAGAGCCAGUGAUCUGCCUUUGUCGCCUGCGAAUUACCACCGUCUAUAA